UGUGAUUCCGGAGUGGGGUUAAAAGUUUUAUUUGAUCAGCUGCAUCAAAAGCCUAAAAAAAUUAUGGUGUUAGGUGCAGCUUGCUCUGUGGUUACCCAACCUAUGGCUAAAACAUCUCAAUACUUCGAUCUUUUGCAGUUAUCAUAUGCCUCUGCCUCACCCGCUUUAAGUAUUCGUUCGGUAUAUCGCAAUUUCUUUCGAAUAUAUCCUUCUGAAACUGCAAUCAAUCCAGCUAGAAUAGGGCUAUUGAAGCGCUUUGGUUGGAAGAAAAUAGUCUUACUAUAUCAAACUGUAGAACUCUUUUCUGCCACUGCCACAUCUUUGAUUCAAGUAGCUGAAGAAAAUGAAAUCCAGGUUACAGCUACGCUGGGUUUUAGUUCCGAUGAUGAUCCCUAUCAGGCUCUUAUUUCAAUACAGAAAUCAGAAACACGUAUUAUCGUGGGAGGAUUCUACAGCUCCCAAGGUCGUAAAGUAUUUUGUCGAGCAUACCAUCUAGGACUUACAGGAUCUGCAUAUGUUUGGAUUAUUACCGGUUGGCUUGAAGAAAACUGGUGGCUGGAUCCGCUUGGGGAAGGAGUUACAGUCGGCAAUCACCAUUGCAAUGAUUCAGUUAUGACAAAAGCUGUUAAAGGCUAUUUUGGUAUGGCCACCUUAGCUAUAUCUAGUCGUCCUCAAUCAACUAUAUCCGGGCUGACAUCAUCAGAAUGGCUCCAACUAUUCUUUAAAUACCUACAAAGACCUGGCGCUUACGUUGGAGCUAUAGAUUUUGCUUCCUUCACGUACGAUUCCGUUUGGGCCAUAGCUUUAACAUUGAAUCAAUCCAUUAACCCAUUAUCAAAAAUAAAUAAAACAUUGGAAGACAUCGAUUAUUACGAUAAAGAGGCGUUAUCGGUCUUUAAAGAUCAAAUGCAAGCUUUAGAAUUCAUAGGAAUAACCGGGCCAGUUGCAUUUAACCAAAAUGGAGAUCGCUUGGGCAUUACUACCAUCAAGAGGCAAAUUGGCAGCAAAGAAGUUAUCUUUGGAUUAUACGAUAAUAAAAGGGAGACAGUUAAUUGGAAUUACUCUGUUGCAAUUACUUGGCAAACUGCAAACAAUCAAACACCGGUAGACAGUCCAAGAAUUAUUGUUGUUAAUGCUAGCAUUGCUAUACCUCUAUUCAUUGGUAUUUUGUCCAUUGAUGUCAUUGGAAUGUUAAUGACAAUCGUUUUCUUGGUUUUCAAUAUUAAAAGUCGCUCUAUUCGGAUCAUUAAAAUUUCUAGCCCGAAUGUAAACAAUAUCAUUGCGAUUGGAGCAAUUUCUUGUUAUAUUUCAGUAUUCUUCUUCGGUGUUAAUACUCAGAACAUAAAUCAGCACAACGGCUUACUGUUGGCAAGUUGUUGGUGCCGCUCUUGGUUUCUAGUUAUUGGUUAUACAUUAGGAUUUGGAGCAUUAUUUGCAAAAACAUGGCGUAUUCAUUCCAUUUUUGCUAGAAAGUCGGUUAAGACCAAGUUAAUCCGUGAUAGCCGACUUUAUGGAAUUAUAAGCGCUGCUGUUUUUGUGGAUAUUUCAAUUAUGUUGGCUUGGGGAAUUAUUGAUCCUGUAAAUAUUGAAACAAAAAAUGAAUCAGUCCCCGACUUCAGCCAUAACCGUGAUAGAAUAAUGAUCAUUUCGAUUAAACAAUGUCAUUCUAAAUAUCCAAUUGUCUGGAAUGUUUUACUAUUUGGAUUUAACGGAUUACUGUUAGUUUAUGGUGCCAUAUUAGCUUGGCAAACGCGUCAAGUCAAAAUGAUGGCAGUUAAUGAUUCAAAACUAAUUGGCUUAGCAAUUUAUAAUGUGGCAAUCUUUGCAUCCAUUGGAGCUGGAAUAGCAUCUCUAGUAUACGAUAAACCAGACGCAUUCUUUGGUUUAAUUUCCGUAUUUAUCAUUUUUCCUACCACCGUGACAGUUUGCUUGGUGUUUGUACCAAAGGUUGCUUAA